AUUUGCGUAUUCCAGCUGCUUUUGUCCUAUCGGCCCUUUAAUCCAAUCAUUUGCCUAAUCAUAUAUUUUGAUCCAUUGUUCCCUACUUUACGUGAUGUCGAAAACUCGUUUUUUAUGCCAAUCAAUGAACAACUAGCUUAUGUUUGCCAGAAGCUCUUAAACGAUUCCCGAUUCAACGACGGUAUACAUUUGAUCGGACUGUCCCAGGGUGGCCUUUUUGUUCGCGCUUUGGCUCAGAGAUGCCCUCUCCCGCGAAUCGGUGCGGUCGUUUCUAUCGGCGGCCCACAAAAAGGCAUCUAUGGGUUUCCACGUUGUCCCGAACAACACUUACCACUUUCGUGUAGCUUGUUGCGCGCGCUGCUGAACUACUGGGCUUAUUCUGAAAAAGUACAAGCGGGUAUCGUUCAAGCGCAGUACUGGCAUGAUCCACUUCGAGAAAAUUUAUACAAGGAAAAGAGUUUGUUCCUAGCGGAAAUCAAUCAAGAAAAGGUAUGCGCGUUGGCAUCUAUUCAUGUGAAGGAAAUUUGCUGCAGUCCAUAA